AUGGGUGGCAUGUUCUAUAUUGCAGGUGCAGAUCGAGCAAUACUUGAAAUUUUAAAUAAGGACAACGAUGCUCAAGUGAAAGAGUCAGUGGACGAGCUGAGACGACUGAUGAAGCAAAAGAAAUCAAAGAGUUUACAUAUUAGAUUCUUAAAAUUGAAAACCACAAUCAUCUUAAUUCCGAAGCAGGACUUGCAAUACUUUCAAGAUAGAGAAAUAUUGACCCCUUCACUGGAGGCAGUUGAAAUGAUAAACACUUACAUGCUUGGCAUGGUAGCUGCAUCAGAACAUGAAAAUCUGAGCUCUGACUCUGCCUUGCGAUCUGAUGAGGAUUCUGAAAUCCGAGGUGAGUGGUUUACCAUAGAAUUUUUGAAUAGCACUAAAAGUUCAGGAAUCUCUAACCACAAACUAUUAUUGAAAGUUGGUACUCCAAUCACUCUUUUGAGAUAUAUGGACCAAGCAGAGGUUUAUGCAAUGGAACCAGGUUAA